UGCAAAAGAGAGUGCUUAGGUUCCACAAAGUUUCAUAAUCAUGCCUCUCUCUAUCUCAUUGGCUCGAAAAGCAUUGUUGCGAUGAAGCAAACCUGGUCAUGCGUAUUGUUGUUUAUUAGAACCCUUCCGACAUAAGAUAAGAUAAAAAGCUUUCUCAUUCCAUUUUCUGCUGCACCCACUAUGAACAAUGCUUUUCAAGAAAAACCCAAUUUCCCAUGCAAACAAACUCUAUAAUUGCUCCCACCAACGUCUCGAGCC